CUCACAUAAUAACCACCGCGGCUUGAAGGCGUGGUGAGCUCGGAUGAACACAAGGCAGGCGUGCACUGUUCGUACGAGAGGACGACGUGGGCAGGUACCCACACCGGCUUCUUCCACCUCAGUGGGGAAAAAUGGGAAUGAAAAUGCCGGGCAAAGAUUAAGACAAAUCGAAUGGGUUGAUAUGCGGGGAAAAGCAGUAUUUCAUCAGCCAACACUUUAACUGGAAUUAAAGCGUCAGUUAAGAUGACGGAGGGUAGACUGUGCCAGGUGCAUCUUCUGGAUGACAGGAAGUUAGAGCUGCUGGUUCAGCCUAAACUACUGUCAAGGGAGCUUCUUGAUUUGGUGUCCUCCCAUUUCAACCUCAAAGAGAAGGAAUACUUUGGACUCACGUUUGUCGACGACAAUGGCCAGUGUAAGUGGCUGCAGAUGGACCGCAGAGUCCUGGAGCAUGACUUCUCCAAGAAGAGCGGGACCAUCUCCCUCAAGUUCCUGGUCAGGUUUUAUGUGGAGAGCAUCUCCCAGCUCAAGGACAUCAUUACUGUGGAGUUAUUCUACCUGAACGCCAAAUAUGCCGUCUACCAGGGAAUUAUCGAGGUGGAGAGCGAGAACGUCUUCAGAUUAGCCGCGAGUGCUCUGCAGGAGGCCAAAGGAGACUACACAAGUGACGAGAACACGAGAGCAGACCUGAAGAAGCUUCCCGUCCUGCCCACCAAAGUGCUGAAGGAACACCCGUCCCUUGCAUACUGUGAGGACGGGGUGAUCGAGCACUACAAACAGCUGAAGGGACUCUCCAGAGGACAGGCCGUAGUGCGGUACUUGACGUUGGUGGAAUCCCUGCCCACGUACGGCGUCCAUUAUUAUGAAGUGAAGGACAAGCAAGGAAUGCCAUGGUGGCUUGGAAUCAGCUACAAAGGAAUUGGGCAAUAUGAUUUGCAGGAUAAAUUAAAACCAAGAAAGCUUUACCAGUGGAAGCAGCUGGAAAACCUUUAUUUCCGGGAAAAGAAAUUUGCUGUAGAGGUCAACGACCCACACCGGAGAGCGGUGACUAAGCGUACCUUCGGGCAGACCGGGCUGCUCAUCCACACAUGGUACGCCAGCCAUUCUCUGAUCAAGACCAUUUGGGUGAUGGCCAUUAGCCAACAUCAGUUCUACUUGGAUAGAAAGCAGAGCAAAGGUAAGAUAGGCUCUGCGAAGAGUUUGGAGGAAAUCGCUAUGGAUCUCACCGAGCACGGAGGGUCGAAGAUAAGCAGAUUAGGAGACACAGGGCUGAAGAAUAAUCACAUAAUGGCUAGCAAUGGCAGCCUGGUGUCUACUGGUUCGGCCGACUCGGAGGCCAGCGAGGAGCAGAAGCGGGAGAAGAUCUCCGAGCUGAGGAAGAAGGAGCAGGAGAUCCAGGAGGUGCUGGCCAAGAAGACCAAGGAGCUGAGGAAGAUCUGUCUGAGGGAGGCGGAGCUCACGGGCAAGCUGCCAAAAGAGUACCCCCUGUCCGCCGGCGAGAGACCGCCGCAGAUCAGACGCCGCGUCGGCACCGCGUUCAAGCUGGAUGACCUCUUCCCCUAUAACGAGGACCCAUAUCUGAGGAACCUGGAGAGCCGCUUCGCCCUGCAGCGGAAGAUCGUGGAGGCGGCCAAGAAGCUGGCCAACGAGGCGGAGCUGUGCAAGACGGUGAAGAAGAAGCGGAGGAGGAACUGUCUGGACGCCAUGCACAAACUACAGCAGGUGGAGGACGAGAUGAACCAGUACAGGAUCAAGAAGGGGAAGAAGCCCACGCAGAGAGCCUCGCUCAUCAUCGCGGAUGAGCUGGUGCGCUCGGACUGCAGCUCCCUCUCCAGCCUGCCCCUGGACGACGACGACUCAGACAGCUCCAGCCAGAGGCCCCGGUCCCGCUCGGUGCAGGGCUCCCCUCAGCUCAGCCCCAUGCGCUCUCUGGGGGCCGAGUACGAGGCGGACAGACAGGCGUCCUCAAACCACCACCAGAAGAACCUCAGCAGGCUAGCCUACGAAGGCCAGGAGCCUUCCCAGCACUACCAGGGUCCGAGGGAGGUCUCCUCCAGUGGCAGCAGCCCCUACAAAACCCUCCCCAGGCCUGCCAGGGACCCACGUAGCAUGCCGCCCACCCCUGUCAUGACCCGCAAUGCCUACAGCAGCAGUCAGCUCAGGACGGGCGGCUCCACCCAGAGCUUCAGGCACCGCAGCGGCAGCCUGGAGUCCCAGCCGCGGCCCCGCAAGGACCCGGAGACGGAGAAGCCCGUGUUCACACUUUCGCCGGCGCACCGCAGCUCCAGCACGGAGGCCCUGGAGGACUGCUCCUCCUACGCCAGCCAGUCCAGCCUGGACUACUGCGCCACCACCGCCGCCCCCCACUACUGCACCCUGGACUCCCGCCGCACCCCCCAGCUGCACCGGCUGCACCGGCGGGUGGAGGUGUACGGCAACAGCGGCAGCAUGCCCAACCUGGUGCCGCUCCACUCGGGCGGCGGCGGCGGCAGCGGCGGCGGCGGCUACGGAUACGAGUCCCCGGCGCACUACGCGCCCGACGCCUUCUACGGGGCCGGGUACCCGGGCGCCGACGCCGAGCCCUACUCCAACGGGGCCUACGUGUACGAGAGCGACGUGGAGGGCCACUACAACGUCAACCCGUCCUACCAGGUCAACGGCUACCACGGCCACGAGAGGUACCGCCACUACAGCGACCGCAGCGACAACCUGUCCCAGAACCCGUACGCCACCAUGAGGCCCCCGCGCAGCCGCACGGGGCCCCGCAACGAGCUGCUGGCCAAGAGCAUGCAGAAGGCCCUGGUGGCGGAGCACCUGAGGGGCUGGUUCCACCGCAGCGGGGCCCAGAAGGAGCCCGGCCGGGGGCCCUUCGACUACGACACGGGCUCCCAGCUCAGCCUGGGCUACCAGACCCUGCCGGCCCCCUUCAGCCACUCCAGCCGCACCAACUCCUACUCCUCUGUCUCCUCGGCGACCAGCACGGGGGCCUGGCGCAACCACCUGGCGGUGGGCCUGACGGACUACGACUCCGCCGACCGGGCGCAGUACCAGCAGCAGCCAGCGGGGGCGGCUCCCGGCGCCGCCAACAGCCGCAGCCCCACACACAGCAGAUGUUCCCCCGAAAGCAAGGUGUCAAAGUCUGACACAGUGUCCGACCAAUCAGAGCCGGCCACCCCGGCGGCUGCCGCUGGGCCCGCUAGCUCAGAGCAGCAGCGCCUCGAUGGCGGUGUGGCUUAAUGGCAUCAAUUGGGUGGAAGCUACAUGAGCCUCAGCUGAAGAUAGAACCAAACAGUGGCACAAGUAAUCCCCCCCCCCCGCCCCCUGUGACUGGUGAGCACUUAAAGGGGAAGUCUAAGCUAAGUGUAUUUAAUGGUCGGAGGAACACCCCUCCGGCUGCCAUAGCCCCAACGUUGUGUCCGCGUCUCAUCUGCAAGUACCCACGACUGCUUUAUCGUUCCAUGACGUCUCCAAACGCAUCACUGACACUUUCCGAACUUUCCCACGUGCCUUGGAUUGGAGGAGGAACCCAAGGCGUUGCUCAAGUGUAUCGCCAUCGACCGCUGUGUCUGUGCGUCUUCAGAGUCACACCCCUUGCCCACUGCAUCCGUCCGUUGACGGAUCUCAUUGACUUUGCAUGAGGCGAUCCCGAAAUGCAUUGUGGGUCCGUCCGUUCCGUCGGCUCCGUCUCUUGCGUUCAGAAGUUGAGAAAAUGUUAACUUUUCAGGCUGCAACGGAUCCGUCAGCCAAUCAGAUCUUGGCUCCGAUAGCAAAUACCACUCCCCCAUCCGUCAGACACGCCUUCCGUCGUGCGUUGACGGACGGAUGCAGUGGGCAAGCUGCGUAAGCCGUGCAUCGAUGCUUCAUGUACAGUGUUGAGGUGCGGACCUUCAGCCAGACCACUGUACUGACCCGGACGACUGGCGUCUAGCGAUGGCUGACGCUACACAAAGCAUCCUCAUUUCAACGUCAUGUCGUUAGAGUGUGAUCCAUUGAAACAACGUUCAUCCAGAUCUUAAUAAAAAAAGAAGGGGGUUGAAAAUGUUCACGAAUGUCACUGGGAAAGAAAAGUGAUCGAUUUCUUACAAUGGUGUUUUUAUUUAUUAAUCAUGUUCUCGGUACAUUAAAUAAGAAUGUAUUUGUUAGUACAGUUCAUAGACCCAUUUGCCUUCGUUAGUACUGUAAUGUGUUUUUGAAUGCAUGUGGAGAACACCUGUUUUUCAUAGGAAAUCCAGACUUUUUUAUACAAGUAGAAGAUCACUGCCCUAAAACCAUAACCAGCUCUAAGUUACAUUUUGUACAGUCACUGUGUAGUUACAUAUUUGUUGAAAAACAUAAUUACCUGUCAAAUAUUUUCCAAAUGAAAUGAGAACAUGAAUAAAUGGUUGUGUGAGA